GGGAGGGCUGAGUUUCGUGCACUGCCAUCCAUGCUGCAAGACGCUAAAGGCCUCUCCAUCAACCUCUCCUGUGUCCACGAACACUCCAUGGUAAUCAUUUUUUCGUUUAUUUGUCUUUUGGAGCAGGAGAGUCUUGCCAGAAGUGGUCGAUUCAGCAGUGUCCUGAAGCUUUUUUGAGGCUGUUUCGUCUACAAACAACAACAACAAAAAUAUUUCUUCUUUUUUUUUUCUCUCCCCAAAAAGCCAAAAAAAAAAAAAGCCAAGAACCCAGCGCAGAUUUUUCGGCUCUGCUUCUACUUUUUUAUUAUUAUUUUCUUUUUUUCCCCCCCAAUUUUUUUUUUUUUUUUACUCCAACCGCCACGACGUCCAAGUAGCCGCAGAGAGAAGCGCCCAGCAAAUUGUUUCUACCGUGCCAACCCCGAACGGAUUGAAGAAGACAGAAAGACUUGAACUGGGCUUUUCUCCUGGUGAUCACGGGAAGAAAAGUCCUCUCUCGCAAUCCAGUCGCCAAGGAGAGAGGGAGAGAGAGGGGGAGAGAGAGAAAGAGAGAGGAGGAAAAAAAAAAUAAAAUAAAAUAAACCCAUCACCCGCCCCUCCAUCUGACAUUUCCUUAAUUUUAACCCCUUUUUGGUUAGGAGCUGGUUUUGCCCAAAUUUGUUUUAAUGUUUGGGAUUCAGGAAAACAUACCCAGAGGUGGCACGACCAUGAAGGAAGAACCUUUGGGAAGUGGGAUGAAUUCGGUCCGGUCUUGGAUGCACACUGCCGGAGUGGUGGACGCUAACACCGCCGCCCAAAGCGGUGUCGGGCUGGCCCGGGCGCACUUCGAAAAACAGCCACCUUCCAAUCUCAGAAAAUCCAAUUUUUUCCACUUCGUCUUAGCUCUGUACGACAGGCAGGGGCAGCCAGUGGAGAUUGAGAGGACAGCUUUUGUGGACUUUGUGGAGAAAGAGAAAGAGCCAAACAAUGAGAAAACUAACAAUGGGAUUCAUUAUAAACUUCAGUUAUUGUACAGUAACGGAGUUAGAACAGAACAGGACUUGUAUGUUCGUCUAAUAGAUUCAAUGACCAAACAGGCGAUCGUUUACGAAGGGCAGGACAAAAACCCAGAAAUGUGCAGAGUGCUUCUCACCCACGAAAUUAUGUGCAGCCGUUGUUGUGACAAGAAAAGUUGUGGCAACAGAAAUGAAACUCCCUCAGACCCUGUGAUCAUCGACAGAUUCUUUCUAAAGUUUUUCCUCAAGUGCAAUCAGAACUGUUUGAAGAAUGCAGGCAACCCCCGAGAUAUGCGAAGAUUCCAGGUUGUUGUAUCAACAACGGUCAACGUCGAUGGCCAUGUGUUGGCCGUUUCAGACAACAUGUUCGUCCACAACAACUCUAAACACGGAAGGAGGGCCAGACGUCUUGACCCGUCAGAAGGUAUGGCCCCUUCUUAUCUGGAAAAUGCUACUCCGUGCAUCAAGGCUAUUAGUCCUAGUGAAGGCUGGACAACGGGAGGAGCUACGGUUAUCAUCAUCGGUGACAACUUCUUUGAUGGCUUGCAAGUUGUAUUUGGAACCAUGUUGGUCUGGAGCGAGCUGAUCACACCCCAUGCCAUCAGAGUUCAAACCCCACCACGACACAUUCCCGGAGUGGUUGAAGUAACUCUCUCCUACAAAUCCAAGCAGUUCUGCAAAGGGGCCCCGGGACGGUUCGUCUACACAGCCCUAAAUGAACCAACCAUAGAUUAUGGCUUUCAGAGGUUGCAAAAAGUCAUUCCGCGACAUCCAGGAGAUCCAGAGAGGUUACCGAAGGAAGUAUUACUUAAGAGAGCAGCUGACUUGGUCGAAGCUCUGUAUGGGAUGCCACACAAUAACCAGGAAAUAAUCCUGAAACGGGCAGCUGACAUCGCCGAAGCGUUAUACAGUGUGCCACGCAAUCACAAUCAGAUCCCUACUCUGGGCAACACUCCGGCCCACACCGGCAUGAUGGGAGUCAACUCCUUCAGCAGCCAGCUCGCUGUGAACGUCUCAGAGACGUCGCAAGCUAACGACCAAGUAGGCUACAGUCGCAAUACAAGCAGUGUCUCCCCACGAGGAUAUGCCCCGAGCAGUACUCCUCAGCAAUCUAAUUACAACACAGUCAGCAAUAGCAUGAACGGAUAUGGUAAUGCCGGAAUGUCCAAUCUGGGCGUCCCUGGUUCUCCUGGAUUCCUUAAUGGCUCCUCAGCUAACUCUCCUUACGGCAUAGUUCCGUCAAGUCCAACCAUGGCAGCCUCUUCGGUCACCCUCCCUUCAAACUGUAGCAGUACACACGGCAUUUUCUCAUUCUCACCUGCCAAUGUCAUCUCUGCAGUGAAACAAAAGAGCGCCUUCGCUCCAGUGGUUAGGCCCCAAGCUUCUCCUCCGCCAUCUUGUACCAGCGCCAACGGGAAUGGACUUCAAGCUAUGUCCGGGCUGGUAGUUCCACCCAUGUGAACCCACAUUUGUUUACCUUCGUAGCACCAAGCAUCAAAAGAUGGGCUUCAGGGGUCAAGUUUAGUGUAUUAAGACAUGCUGAAAGAGUACCUUCAACACAAAUCAGCAACAAUGGAAAUGCUACACAAAAGACUUUGUUUAAAGAUUUUAUUUAAACUAUUAAGAAUCAAAAUGCAAACAACCUACUUCUUCAUGAACAAUUCCAUUUUAUUGACUGAACUUUUCUCAUAUUUUCACAUUUCUCAGUCCUGAAGAAUAAGGGAAAAAAAAGUGACGCCUAUUUUGUAUAAAGUUUCUGAUUACGUCUUGGCUAUGUCUCUAGUCCUUGCUAUGUGUUGGGAGAAACUUUGUGGAUGCACCAUUUUGAUUAUCAUGAAACACUGAUGAAAAAUGUCUCCGGAUCAUUUUUCUGUACUCAUAAUUAGAUCACAAUGGUUGUGUAUCUCUAUAAUGUGAAAUAUUUUUUUGUGGUGAAAAAAGGGGGCCAAGAAGGUAUGAGCCAUCAAAC